AUGGAGACUUCUAAUUUUCACGAUAUAUCAAUAUUUAAUACAAAACUUUCACUGGCACUAAUAACUAAAAAACCAGUAGAGGUUAUUCUUACAGACAUAGACAAGAAUAUUUCUUAUUGUAAACUGCUUUGUAAACUUACAAAAGGGUCAAAAUAUACAGUUAAAUCUAAUAAACUAUUUUUUGUGCCAGGAAUAUUAGUCGGUGGUACAUACGAUUAUAAAUGUACAGAUGAAAUAUUUAAUUAUAUAAUAAGUCUUUUGUUUAUUCUUCCUUUUAGUGAUAAAAAAACUUGUAUUAAUUUUACUGGUAUAACUGAUAAAGAUAACAGUAUUGAUAUUAUUCGUAUAGCUUAUUUUAAAAUGUUAAAAAUUUUUAGUAUUCCUGAUCUUGAUCUUGUAGUUAAAAAACGAGGAUUUUACGGCCAGGCUGAUGCACAGGGGGAAGUGAUUUUUACAUGUGGUACUGUUAAAGAAUUAAAAGCUAUUGAUUUAAAUAAAUUAGAACCACUAGAAAAAACUAGGGCUCUUCUUAUAAGUGCUAGACUUAAUUCGACAUAUGUACACGAUAUGUCAACUAAAGCUAACGAAUUACUCAACUCAUACAAUUUUAAAGUGUUUACUAAUAUUUAUAAUAGAACUAAUUCUGGACCAGCGCCAGGUUUCCAGUGUACGUUGUUUAGCGAAUCAAAAAAUGGAAUAUUUUACGCUACGAAAGACGGAGGAACUUAUAAACCCGAAGAGGUAGUAGAAGAGGCAGUGCGCAUUCUUUUUAAAAGUAUAUGUAGAGGAGGAAUAUACGAUUAUAAACUUAAUAAUUUAUUAUUUAUACUUUUAGCCUUAUCAAGUACUAGUGUUAGUUGUAUUCAAGUGUCAAAAUUAGACGAAUUAAAUAAAAAGACGUUAAAUUUAUUAAAAGACGUUUUUAAUUUUAAUUAUCAGCUUAAAAAAGAAAAUGGUGGGAUAACUUUUUAUUCUUAUGGUACAGGAUACAUCAAUUACAACAUUAAAUUAUUGUUUUAA